CUGCUUUACACUACACUGUUGAAGGACGAUGUUGUGAUAAUGUUAAAUUGCUACUUAAUGCAGGAAGUGAUCCUUGUCUUCAGGAUGCUAUGGGUAAAACAGCUCUACACUGUGCAACUGAAAGAGGAAGGACUGACAUUGUGAAGUUAUUGCUGGACACACCCAUUGAUCUGCAAGUUCAAGAUGUAAGCGGCAGAACUGCCCUUCACUAUGCAUCUGAAUUCAACACUGAUAUUCUGAAACUCCUGCUAGAUGCGGGGCUGAUCCUUGUAUUCAAGAUGGGCUUAGAAAAAGUACAUUGCUAAAUGCGGUUGAGAGUCACAAUUAUGCUGGUGUUAAGUUACUUCUGGGGAGAGGAGCUGAUCCUUGUUUAAGCGACCAAUGAGGCGUAACUCCACUUCAUCGUGCAUCAUGGCACAACGACGGGGAAUGUCUCAAACUUCUUUUUGGCACGCAGGAAACUACUGCAUUAUGCAGCUGAAAGUAUAAGCAGUGAGAACCUUAAGCUUUUCCUGGAGAGAGGCCUCACUGCAUUCUCAGGAGACACAUCUUGCCAAACACCUCGCCAAUAUGCAGCUGAAAGUAGAAAUGCUGACAGCGUAGCAUUAUUAGUUAAGGCAGGGAUUGAUAUCAAUUUGCAAGAUCAUGAAGGAAAGACAGCGCUGCCUUAUGCAUCUGCAUCUACUGACUUUGAAAGAGUUCAACUUCUUUUUGAAGGAAUUAGCAGAUCCAAAUUUAACAGAUCAAGAGGGAAAGCAUCAUUACAUUAUGCUGCAGGGAAUGUUAGUCAUGCUUCUCUUAGAGAAAGGUAGCAACCCUGGCAUACGAGAUCAAGGUGGAAAGACUGUUCUUCACUAUUUAGCAGAGAAACAAAGUGAAUGUAUUGCUAUAGCGUUGAGCAAAGGUGCUGACCCAUGUAAGCAAGAUAUACAAGGCAAAACAGCUCUGCAUUAUGCCUCACCAUGUCCCAAUAGCGAGUCUGUGAAGAUCCUGCUGGACACAGUUGCUAAUUUGUCAAUAAAGGACGUACAUGGCAAAACAGCUCUUCAUGAUGCAGCAGAACAUGGAAACGUGAAAACCGUAUCAUUACUCCUGAAUCAAGGAGCUGAUCAAUGUGCCCAAGAUGAGCAAGGGAUGUCACCUCUCCAGUAUGCAGUGACACGAAGAGACUGUGUUAUUGCUAAACUUCUCAUGGACCACGGCUCUGAUGUGAAUUUACAUAGUUACUGCAGCAAGACGGCUCUCCACUAUGCAGCACAAAGAGGAUGUUCAGCCAGUAUUAGGCUGUUGUUACAGAGAGGCGCCAACCCUAAUGAACUAGAUGAGCAAGGCAGGAUGGCACUUCAUUGUGCAGCACCUGCGACUGAAGAUUGGUGUACUGAUAAUGUAGAGACACUCUUACUCUUAGGUGCUGAUCCAUCUGCUCAAGACAGAGAGGGAAGGACGGCUCUUCACUAUGUGGCUCAAUGUAAAAAAUGUAAAGCUGUAAAGUACAUUGUAGAUACAUUUGACGUUUCAAGCAUAGAAGACCAAGAGGGAAAGACUGCUCUUGACUAUGCGAAACAAACUGGCAAUACGGUGAUUGUAGAUCUGCUCAUUACCAGAGGACCAGCCGUGUAAGGUGAUCGUGGUGAUAUCACCCUUCAGGGAUGCAAACAAUACACCUACUGCUGUGUAGAAAAACAAGCAAAACUCUUAGUGUUGUGUAUAUAUUACCGUGGAUGACAAUUUCAUCCUGACAUUCGUGAGGAAGAUAGUGGAAGCAUUCAUUAAUCUUCGGCUGCAAUACUUACUCACACACUGAAACAAGAGUGAGUGAGUGGGUGAGUUUAGUUUUACGCCGCACUCAGCAAUAUUCCAGCUAUAUGGCGGCGGUCUGUAAAUAAUCGAG